AUCGAACUAGAUCUGCAAGCCGGACGGGUGGCGCGUGAUAGAGUCGGUUACAGCACUUUGACUGCAGCUGGAUAACAGCAAUUGGACGUAAUUAGUUUACAUCCCACUCCCAUAGUAGUAGUAACAGUCGCACGCUAUCAACCCGACUAUCACGCGAUACUUUGCACCCGAAAACUUGUCGAAAAUUCGAAAAUGUACCAAAUAUUUAUAUUGCUAUCAAUUUUUGCACUUGCCUAUUCUGCCAGUUAUCAAAGAUACGACGAUAGUUCACAAUAUUCGACUUACACCACGGCCUCAAAUGGUUAUAAUAGCCAAAAUCAGUUCCCAUAUAAGACGAACUAUGGCAGUGACAUCGGGACGUUUUCAGACUCUAGUAGAUACCCAAACACAAACUACAAAUCAGUGUAUUCGACUGGAAGUUCAAACACUAAUUAUUACCAACCAGCGUACAGUACACCCAACUAUGGUCGAAAUUAUGGAUACGGCAAACAAUACGGUCAAGGUGUCAGUCCAUAUGAAGUCCCGUUUGUGGGAUAUAACACGGAUUAUUGUGUGAACCGUUCGCCGCAACAUGGAAUAUCUGUGAGCGACCUGGGUGGUAUGUGGCAUGGCGUAGAGAUGAUCCAGCACUUGUCUGGAGACCCUGGCGUCGAUUAUGUGAACAGAUGCAUCGUUAUACAUAUCUCGGAACCACAAGAAAAGCCUUCUACGGAGCACGUCCAACUCUAUCACGUCCAGAGCAUUAUGGCCAAGUUCAACCAGCAGCAUCGCCACCUGCGUUUGCUUUGGGACGAAAAUGGACAGAUGACAGAAUACUCGCUAUUCUUUCGCAACGAAUCCGCUGGAUAUUGGGAGACAUUUGAUAAACAAAAUGGGUCCCUAGCGUCCCGUCAACACUAUCAACAAUUUACCGGAACGGUGCAAGUGUUGAAAGCCGUGAAAGAUCAUUUGGUUCUUAACUUCUGUCAGCCUGCAUCGAACGGGGCACCUCCUCAGCUCUACUCAGUACUUUUCUCGAGGCAACCUGGCACCAUGCCGCAAUGGGCCAUCAACGCAGUCCAUAACUUACUUCAAAACAAGAAUUUGUCUAUAGCCUCUCGUAGAAUGGUAUGCGGCAACGGCGCUACCAAACCGAUUUUGAGUCUGUUUUUUUCUUUGAUUUCAUGUCUAUUAGCGUAUGUUAGUUUAUCGUAAUUCAGGAGCAUUUAUGAAACAAAUAAUACUUAACAAAUAAUGAGACUUUAAUGACGUAGAUAUUAUACCUAAUGAUAUUAAAAUGUUCAAUUAAUAUAGAAUUGGUGCCUAAAAUUAAUAUACUUAUUGCUGCAUAUAAUUUAGGUGCAAGAAGCUUGCUUGGUUUGGCUUUACAUUUUGAUAAUCUGACGAGUGCUGACGACGCAUUUAAUUCCUAUAUAACAUAGUAUCUACUUAGGUACAUUAUUAUAUUAAAAUGGAGUUGAAGGUAUAACCGAUAUGUAUAAAUUAUGUGUAUUUACUUUAGUUUUCUUAAUUAAUUA